AUGGGCUUUAAUAUCGCCGGUCAUGAAAGGCAAACAUGUCGAAGGUUUUUCCAGUUUCAAGUUUCAAAGCCAAUUGAUGUCAAGACAAAGUCUUAUUACACUGAGAGCGAUGAAAUAUACCUAGAAGCACUGUUUCAAAAUUUGACCAACUUGCCAAUACAGUUGAAAAAUGUGAACCUCGAAAGCAAUGACUUUGAAGUAUCUUCGUUGAAUUUCAUGCAGAAUGAUAGUUCUGAAAAGUGGAUAUUCGGUCAAGUGAAUCGACUCAACACCAUGGAAUCGCGGCAAUACUUGUUUAUGCUUAAACCCAAAGAGGAGGCUCGAAUCAACCCAGCUUUAAUAAAGGCAAUCACCACGAUUGGCAAGUUGGACAUUGUGUGGCUGUCAGGCAUCGGCGAAAAGGGACACAUUCAAACAUCACAACUUGAAAGAACGACAUCAAGCGGUGAUAGCAUAAAAAUAUUUGUCGAUGAAAUACCAACGCAGGUGUACAUCAAUACUAUAUUCAAAGUAAAGUUUCGCAUUGUCAAUUGCAGUUCAAAAGAAGUGGAGCCAACGCUGCACUUUGUCAACACUGAACACCAGAACAUUCAGUGGCUUGGCCUGGCGAACAAGACGCUCCAGCAACUGAAGCAGUCAGAAAGUGCCGAUGUGGAGAUGAGACUGUACCCGACAAAGGCUGGCCUCUUUAGCAUUCCUCUCGUCAAAGUGGCGGACUUUAUUUCCAAAGAAAACUACGAUUAUAAAGAAUUGGCAUUUGUAAACAUAAUUUAA